AUGGUGAAGUCAGAGUUGACCGGACGUGGAAUACGGCGCAAAAUGAUGACGGAGGCUACGGUUAAAGCGAAUGCGGCAACGCGCUUCAACUGCGGUUUCGUCGAGGGCAUGGGGUUGAGGACUGACGGCGCCGCUUCGAAAAUGAAGACACCUCACUUGGCAGAACGCAGUGCCCGUGACGAACUGCUGCGCCGCAAGGUGAGCUUUGCAGUGACCCACCGCUUGGAUGUACAGCUUCUUUUUGGUUUUGGGGUGCACCAAUGUGGUUGCGGCAGUCGACGGUGGCGGGCCGAUUGUAGAGGCGCGGUGGCCGUCGAUUUUUGGUGGCGGCGUGCGUGGGUUGGCGGUGCUCCGCAAAUGCCAGGGACGCCGGGGUGCGCUGCGGCCGCGGCGCCCUCUUCGUGGGCCUUCGCGCGAGGGGUUUCGCAGCGGGGCUCGUCGUCGCUGAGCAGCUCUUCUGUGUGCGCCGCAAUUUCUAUGGCGCUUUUUCCAACUUUUUUGGCUACCACGCGGCGAAACUGCCGUGGCACGAGCAGCGCCCGUGUUGUGCGCAUGUGGGCGGGCGUGAGAUGCCUUGCGCUGGUUCUGCCCUGCCUUUGGGCGAUGACCACGGAGGGCAUUGGGGCGUCUCUCAGGCGUCUUGCUCCACACUUGCCUCUGUGCAACGUGAGGCGUGUGCAAUAG